CCACUGUUUGCGGAAGUAGUUAACAUGCACAUUUGCAUGUGAAUCGUGACCACAGAGGGGUUUAGUUUUGGUAGAGGUCUAACAUUUUUUUUGUUUAGAAUCAAGAAAUUUAAGAAACCCUUCCGAAAUAAGGCAUACUUAAUUUGUUUUAUUUCCAUUUUCUGUCAGUAUUUUGUUCUUACUAAGCUAAAGAGAGGAAUGUGAUGUAAACCGUGUGUUAGCAGCAUGGCCGGACGGGUUCAGUUCUUCUCUCUGCUCUAUAAACUGCGUGCUUCAUCAGUUAUUUCUUCAGCUUCUUUAAACAGCUACCGAUUCUCCAGCAGAAGCAGCAAGAAAACGUGGACAGGACAGAGUUUUGGCGUUUAUAAGGAAUUCAAUGAUCAACACCGAUACAGAGAUGAUUGGUCUGAUGGAGACGACCUGGAGGAUGUGGAGGACAAGAUUCAGGCUUUGUUAAAUGAGGGACGAAAGAGACAGAAGACAGUGAAGUAUCACAUACUGAGGAGGCAGAUGGUCCCACCAGGGGCGCCACAGAGAAAGUUAACAUGGGAUGCUAUUGAGCAAAUAAGGUAUCUGAAGCAGGAGCUGCCAGAGGAGUGGACGGUGGAGCGCCUGGCCGAAGGCUUCUCUGUCACCCCAGAUGUCAUCUCCAGGGUACUGAGAAGCAAGUUUACCCCACCUCUGACUAGAAAAGCCAAGCAGGAUGCAAAAGUAAUGUCUGGACUUGGACUAGGGCUACUUCCCUCUGGUGCAAAGACCCCACAGAACCAACUUAAACUGGCUGGGAACCACACACCUGCUAUACUCAUACCUGGAAAUAAAGAAGCCACGUUAGUCUCUGUCACUGGUCAGACUCAAAUGAUUAAAGGAUCUCCAGUUAGAAGUCCAGCACCCGUUACUGAUCUGACUCCACAAUUAACAAAAGGGCUCAGUAAAGAGUUCCUAGAAGCAUCUGCAGAUGGGGUGGAGAACAAUGGCUCCCAGCUCAAAGAGGAGGGUGAUGAGCCUGAAGACAGCUGGGAUGGGGAGGUGUUGACAGAGGAAGAACUUGAGGAGUUUCUAGAGCUGGAUAACCCUCCUGUGGUGCAGGUGGGGAAAGAUUACUUUGACGAAGAGGGUAAAUUUCUGUAUAGAGUCUGAGGGCAUCUGCUGUUGAAUUGCUAGGUAAAUGUAUUAGCCUCUUCUGUAUUGAUCAUUUUAAUAAAUAAAAUUAAAUGUAUCCAUUUCUGGAUUUUAAUAUUUGAUUCAUCUAAUAAAGUAUUAGAAUGAGCUCAAAAAA